ACACACACACACACACACACAUGGAGUUUCUUCUCACCGAGCAUACAGAAUGACACAAAUGGAAACGCGCAGAAACACAUAAACACAAACACAGUAUGUUCCAUGUGCAUAGGCAUAUGAUCUAUUAAUGUACAGAAUCUCCUCAGCCCGAAUUCAUAAUUUUCAUCAAAGGUAAACAUCUGCAGAAACGGGUUGCACUUUUCAUUCAUACUCGGAUUCUCAUAAACCUAUUCUAAGUGUUUCCUAAUGAACAGCCCAGGCGUGUCUGUCUGGAAAGAGAGUAAUGGAAUAUUUAUAGAAUAUUUCUGGCAAUACUUUUGGGAAACUCUGGUUCUAACGAGGGUCUUUGUUCUACUGAGGCAGAAUUUCCGCUCUCCUAAGUUGCAUCUCUCCCUUUGUCUCUUUUCCUGUGUUCCACUCCCUCUGCUAUUCUCUCUAUGUUUCUAUCGUGCCUGAUGGUACAUACGGGACCUCGCUCUGUGCCGUGAUACCUUUCUCUCUGUCCGCUUUUUCCAACAACCUCAUAGUCUUCUCUCAGUCAGAACCUCGAUCUUAACCUCAUACCUAAUCAAUCAAUCAAUCAAUUCCACAGAACCCCUUCAUCCUGUCCACUGUAGCAGCAUGGCACUACAUAUGCAUGCUGUGACUCAAAACUGUCUUUAAUACUCUGUGGCUCUUAUCAUUCUUUGUGCCAUUUUAUGAGCUGGAAGCAGCUGGAAACCUCCAAAUAAUUGCCCUUGGGAAUAAAACCUCAUCCAGUUCAUUCUUGCUUGCAGUGCAUGCGGUGCAGUGUUGUUGGCAAGAGUGGCAAAUUAGUUUUUUGUCUGUUUAACCGGCAACAUUUUUUUUAAUCACUAUUGCAAGAUUGCAUGUUCUUUCAGCAAUGCACCGCAGGCUGAUCCAACACAAUUCAAGCUCAGUUUCUCACAUGAGCUGUAAUCCGUACUCAGCCCUGACAUUUAUAAAGCGUUGGUUCAGCGUGUGUUUGAUGUAAACGUGUCCCUCAGCGUAUCCCCGUUAAAUGUCGCGAGAUGUUUUCAGAUAAGCACAAAACACUUGCAUGCCUUUAAAUCCUCUCCGGACUUCUAUUGAAACCUUUAAGGAAUCAGGUCUUGAGGAGGUACGUGUGUCAUUGUGUGUGUGAUGGUGUGUGCAUGAAUGAGUACAUUUUGUAUUUAAGCUUGCCGUUGUGCGUCCGAUAAAUGGCCAAAAAAACUGAUUUGAAAUAUAAUUAAAUGAAAAACAGUUUUAAUUUGUGACAGUCAGUUACUACUAGCAGCACAAUAAUUAAUUAUUCAAAUCUGUUUCAGAAAGUCCAGGCGCUUAAAAAAAGGAGUUGAUGGGUAUUACUGUAAAUCAAAAUCUUCCCAAAGCAAAUUAGAAGAAAUGGGAAAAAAAAUCCUUCCUUUUGAGAAAACCCUUCUGGAGAGGUCGUUCUUCCCUCUCUGUGUCGUCUCUGACAUUUUCAAACCCCACCCAGAGCUGUGAGUGGCUCCUCAAAGGACACCGAUCGGCAAACACAAACUCAAUACUUAAAGAAUUAUAAGAUGGAUUUCUAUGUGAUCUUGAGACAUUGUGACAAUCCAGCUGAUGUGCAAGGUAAGCAAAGUCUUGCAAAUUGCAUUUUCAUGCAUUGGUGAUGACCCCAGCGGUUGACACUUUUUGUUAUGCCAGUAGCCACAGGGGUCGCCAAAUUAACUACAACUUUCAAGGUUUUCGUUGGAGUAAGCUUCCGGGGAAGUGUCCUUUAAAUGUUUGACCUGUAUGUUUAUGUGUACGUCGAAGGGGGUUGAUAACCUUGAGAGCAGAACAGGGGUUUUUAGCAUAACCCUGUUUUGUUGGAGGGAAAGACGUUGGAAAAAAUAACAGUCAGCUGUUAUUGAAUUUACUCAACGAUUUUAAUACUUGUUCAUUUAGAGACGGAUAGGGAAGGAGUGGCCGGGCAGCACUAGGGGACGAGGGAGAGAGUGUGGAGGGCAAAGGGGAGAAAGAGAGGCAGACAGGGAGAGAGAAAGUGUGACUUUUGGGCAGAGAGGGAGGGAAGAGGAGAAGAAAAGAUGCCCCGGAGGCUCAGAGAGUAAAUGAGUCAUCGGGCUGGAUCUGCUAUCAGCUCUAUUCUAACAGUGCUGCAAGUGAAUAGAUGCCUUAAAGGUUAGGCAUAAAAUGAUUUCUCAUUUUGCUGCGGUAUCCCCCAAGGUAGACAUUAAUGCUUUAGUUAUGGACUUGCCUGUAAAAGCUCCUGAGGUAACGCGCUGCUUGUCUUCCAUAAAUACCGCCGCCUCUAUUUAUGCACAUUGAAGUUUCAAUGACGCUGCUUUUAUGAUGAGAAGAGUGUUUUUGUUCAAAUAGUCAGUAAAGUGGAUGUGACGCUGUGUGUCAUUUCUACAGCCAGGUAGUCACCCCGCCUGCAGAGCCGACUCCCCAUGGUGCUGCGGAUCACAGAUGAGACUCUAGUUCGCUCUGAGCGUCCUGACCCGUUUCAGUGUGCACACACGCGUGCAUGAGCACACACACAGACACACACACACACACACACACACACACACACACACACACACACACACACACACAGACACACACACACGGACCGACAAACAUGGGCAAACAAAGCCUUGCAUUCAUAUAAAGUAAAGCAGCCACACAAAACACCGUCAUGUGUGCCAAGCUUCUUUCUGCUCUGCUGAGUUUGUUCGUGUCACAACUUUGAUGUUUCAGCCAUGGGGACAUGAACGCUAUUUGCACAGAUUCUUUUCCCAGUCGUUUUCUUGGAACAGUGGGUUUUUGAAAUGAUAAUGAAUCUGUUGGCCAGGAGACGUCUUCCAUGUCUGGUGUGGAAAGACAUAGAAUAAGGUACGCCUGGAAAGCAGUAGAAUACGAUUUUUUGUUCUUCAAUUUCAUGUAAAAGUCAAAUUCUGGCUGAAGCAGAUAUGCCCUGUAAAACGGUCUGUGUUUCUGAGAAAUAUUUGAAAAAACUGAGAUUUAAAUAAAUCUGUCGAUGCAACUGAUUUUCAUUUUUCAGUCCUGUUCAAUCAAACUCUUUGCUGCAGGUGUUAAAAACAACCACAUCUCACACACACACACACACACACACAUUUCAGCGGGCAUAGAGGGGUUAAACAUGUUGUUAUGGACACUCAAAGAGGGAGAGGCAGUGCACAGGUCAGAUUCCAGGGGCAAUAUACACAGCAAACUACACAGCAGGGAACAUUGACCAUCCAAACUCGGAGUGAGAUCACAUCAGUGGUGAGUAGUCUGUUGGAGAUGAUGAAGACUGAGAGCGUGUCGCUGCAUCCUCUGGGCACAGCAGCUGCCCCUGAGCCGGAGCUGCUGUGUAUCUUGGGGACGGGGGACUUGGGGCGCUCUCUGGGCCUGCGCCUGCUGCAGUCGGGCUACAGGGUGGUGUACGGCAGCCGCAGACCUCACAGCUGUGGCCCCUUGCCUCAGGGAGCUCAGGUGACGAGCCACGCAGCAGCAGCCCAAUCUGCCAGUUUGAUCUUUAUUUGCGUUCACAGAGAACACUACGGCUUCCUGGAGACGAUAGCACAUCAUCUUGAAGGGAAGGUGCUGGUGGACCUCAGUAACAACCUGAAGAAAGAAAUGUACCCAGAGGCCAACGCCGCCUACCUGCAGAGACUGGUCCCUGGAGCUGCUGUGGUGAAAGGGCUCAACACACUGUCUGCCUGGGCCUUGCAGAAUGGACUUCUGGCAGGAAAACAGGUGUACCUGUGUGGGAACAGUGAGGAAGCAAAGUGGGCAGUAGCAGAGAUGUCCACUAAGCUGGGCCUCUCAGUUCUGGAUAAAGGGUCUCUGUCAGCAGCCAGAGAGCUGGAGGACUUUCCCCUGGAGCUUUUCCCAGAGUGGAGGCUGCCGCUACGCGUGGCCGUUGGCCUCGCCGCCUUCUUCUUCUUCUAUCUGCUCAUCAGAGAUGUCAUCUACGCAUAUGUUGAAGAGGGGAAAGACAUCUCCUUCCGGAUCACAGUGUCCCUCGGCAAUAAGGUGUUCCCCAUCGUGUCUCUCAUCAUGUUGUCUCUGUGUUACCUGCCUGGUGUCAUAGCUGCCUUCCUUCAGCUCUACAGAGGAACCAAAUACAGGCACUUCCCUGAUUGGCUGGACCGCUGGAUGCUGUGUAGGAAGCAGAUGGGUCUGAUUGCACUGGGCUUCGCUUUUCUCCAUGCCAUCUAUACAUUCGUCACUUCUAAUCGCUAUUCUGUCAGACACGAACUCAUCUCGCUAGUGGUGGAUGAGAUGAAGAACAACAAAAGCGCCCUGUCUUCCUUUGAUAACACUAAGGCUUGGGGUCAAGACUCAUUCUAUGCGCUGGGUAUCCUGGGCUUCUUUCUUUAUGUCCUGCUCGGACUAACAUCCCUGCCCUCGGUGGGAGGCUCUCUCAGCUGGAGAGAGUUCAACUUCAUACAGUCUAAGCUGGGCCACCUGACCCUGUUCAUAUGCACGACGCACGGCUACAUCUACGGCUGGAACAAGUUUCUUCAGCCCUCUACCUACAAAUGGUACACCCCUCCUGGCUACUUGCUCUGUCUGAUUGUGCCUUCUGUGGUGCUCGUGCUGAAGGCACUGGUCCUCCUCCCCUGCGUGGAUCGAACCCUGACCCGUAUCCGACAAGGCUGGGAAAGGACGCAGCCAAACGAGGAGAUAGAAAAGGUCACCAACUGUGACCUCUGAUUUCAUCUGAGAUUAUUUCAGUCAUUAUUUUGCAAAUGAAUCUCUUCAUAUUCAGGUUGGGAUGUAGAGUGAGUAAAAGUAAAAGCAUAUACAUAGAUAUUUUUUGUCCAUUUUCAUUUGGUUAAUUUUUGUGAUCAAUCGACAAUGCAUACUCUCAAUAGUCAAACAAAAAACCCCAAAAUAGGUUCAUUUCUAAUGGACUGGUCUUGUUUUUAAUGUGUAUUUCCUUUGAGUUUUGAAAAGAAAAGCUGAAAGAAACAGACAAUUGAAAAGUUAAACCGGGAGUCAUCUGUGACAUUUACACUUGGAUAUCAAAUUAUGACUGCAAAUUAAGCAACGUGCAGCAUCACUAAUGCCUAAUGCCUAACUAAUCACUUGGACAAAUUCUGACAGCCAUUCACUGAUGAACGUGUGGUCAACAAAGAGAAGAAAUGUAGGAAGGAUGGUUCUUCUUGCUCAAUAGAACAAUACAUCACACUUUUUGAUAACUGGUAAGACGCAGCCGAGUCAACCAGACCUGCUGACGUGUGUUUCGUUGUAUAAAAACAGUAACAUACAGGUUUGGAAACCUGUGCUUCAAGCUCUGAGUUUCAACUCUAUGGACAAAGAUAGACUGCCAAAUCCAUGGGGAAAGAACCAGACGAUUGAAAAGUUCAACCAGGAGUCAUCUGUGACAUUUACACUUGGAUAUCAAAUUAUGGUUUAAAAUAAAAUGUGCUACGCCAAAGGAUGGAACAACAUGAUCUUGAUAUUAAAUUACUAAAAUGGAAGUUUACCUUAAUAGAAACUUUAUGUUUUGUAAUAGUGGUGUUCAUAGGAAUCCAACGCUGUGUGAACAUUCAACAAUUAAAGAAGUGUUCGUCAAUCUGUUGCAUUCAUAAAACAUUAACGCACUGCUUUGAACGGGAAGCUUCUAUUGACUCUUUCCCAAAAUCUCUAUGAACCAUGAAUUGUGAGCGCUCCAUGUUCAAAGAUAAAUGUCAGACUUGUCUUAUGUCAUAACCCCUCUGGCAAAAGUUACAAGUUUUGAAUACAGAUAAGAAGGCCCAAGUCUGAAAUGCCUCAGUUUUGCAUUAAGGAAUGCAUAAAUCAUCACAACAAGAAGAAGCAGCACCAUGAUCCAGCAACCUGAGUGAGUGCCCCUAACCAUCCGUUGAAUUGGUAAAUGGACUUGUACAGUGCUUUUCUAGUUUUCCGACCACUCAAAGGACUUUAACACUACAUGACAUCAUUCACCUAUUCACACCCAUUCAUGCACUGAUGGCAGGACCUACCAUCCACAGUGGAACCUGCCCAUCAGUAACUAACAUUCACACACUGUAGUCACAGCUAGAGGAGCAAUGCUGGGGUUAAGUGUCUUUCCCAAGGACACAUUGACAUGCGGGUUGGCCGAGCCUGGCACCAAACCGCCAACCCUCUGAUUGGAGGACGGCCGCGCUCCCCACUCACCCACAGUCGCCCCUUAAACUUGUCCAAUACGUUCCAAACCCUCCAUCUCUCAGUCUGUUGAUGUAAAAGUUGCUCUCCAUUACAUCAGUGAGCAGCUAGCAUAUUUCAAGAGUCUUUUGUGAGUUCUCACACAUCACAUAAUGCUUGAUUGGUUCAGCAGGAAUGUCAAAGACAGGCGUUUAAGGUGAAUAGUGUGUUACUUAGCACAUAUCCUGCAGCCUAAUUUGUGGUGGAAGUCCCUGGAUGUUUGCAAGCAACGUGCAGCAUCACUAAUGCCAUAUCCCUUGGACAAAUUCUGACAGCCAUUCAGAGAUGAACAUGUGGUCAAGAAAGUGAGGAAAUGUAGGAAGGAUGGUUCUUCUUGCUCAAUAGAAUACAUCACACUUCUUAAUGGCUGGUAAGACGCAGCCGAGUCAACCAGACCUGCUGACGUGUGUAUCGUUGUAUCUUGUUUCACACACAACAGGAACAUGCAUUGAAAAUACUGAACUGGUCAGCUCAGUAACAUACAGGUCCCCAAAAGAACGGUUUAUUGUUCUUAAAUUUCUAAUAUAUUAUUCAGAUUUUAGUUUGUUAAGUGCUGACUUUUGCUAAGUAUACCCAAGUAGUUCAUUUACAACAAGUUUAUAGUGUUGCUACUCUGGCUGAGUAAAUGUUAUAUUUAUUAAACAUGUCUAUAGGAACAAACAAUGAGUCAUGCAAUGUAAAUAUACAGAAAAUCACAAGUCACUACACUGAAGAUGCUGAACUUCCCUGGUCACAUCGGUUUUGAUGCAUACCAUCAAAUUAUACAGCAUAUCCUGGAAUUCUUUUUUUAAUUCACGCAUGUGUCCAUAUCCCCAGGGAAAAGGAUUCCCCUGCAGAUGCUGAUGCAGCAACACAAGCAUGUGCUGACAUCGUAAUUGGCCAUAGGACAAAGACGGCGGAUGUAACCUUGGACGUCAUGCUCUCAUAGCACCACGGGGAGACAGGA